CGGGCUCGGGCUCGGGCUCGGGCUCGGGCUCGGGCUCGGGCUCGGGCUCGGGCUCGGGCUCGGGCUCGGGCUCGGGCUCGGGCUCGGGCUCGGGCUCGGGCUCGGGGGGGUCCCCAGCGCCCCCGGCCCCGCCUCUGCCCCGCCCGGCCCGGGGCGGGUCCCGCCGCUUCUCCACCUCCUGCGUGCCGCGGACAUGGCGGAGCUGGAGGUGGGGCAGCACUGCGGGGUGCCGGAUUGCCGCCAGCUCGAUUUUCUUCCCUUUGUUUGUGAUGGCUGUUCAGGUAUCUUUUGCCUUCAGCACAGGAGCCGGGAUGCUCAUGGGUGUUCUGAGGUGAAUAUAAGAAACAGUUCUGUGAAACAUGAUCAGCACAAAUCUUACCCAUGCUCAUACAAGGACUGCAAUGGAAAGGAGCUUUUGCCAGUGUUAUGUCCCUACUGUGAAAAACAUUUUUGUCUCAAACAUCGUCAUCAAUCAGACCAUGAAUGUGAGAAGCUGGACACACCGAAACCUCGAAUGGCUGCCACCCAGCAGCUUGUUCAACAAAUUAUAGAUUCUAAAAAAAGUGAUGAAGUGAAAAGCAAAAAACGUAAAGGAGCAAAAAGCAGUGAGACAGCAGCAAAAGUGGCUUUAAUGAAACUGAAAAUGCAUGCGUGUGGGGACAAGUCCUUGCCUCAGACAGAAAGAAUUUACUUUCAAGUACUUUUACCAAAAGGGAGCAAAGAGAAAAGCAAACCUAUGUUCUUUUGCAGUAAAUGGAGUAUUGGCAAAGUAGUGGAUUUUGCAGCUUCCUUAGCAAGCCUCAAAAAUGACAACAACAAAUCAACAUCCCAAAAACUGAGAUUAUGCCAUACUGCCUCUGGAGAAGCCUUGCCAUUUGAGCACACACUGGAAACAUGGCUAUCUGAUAAAGACUAUCCACUGUACAAUGGAGGGAAUAUAAUUCUGGAGUAUCUUGAUAAUGAUGUUCUGUUUAUAGAAGAUACAGAAUCCUACUUUAGUUAG